AGCCUGCCUAUAUUUAGCUGUUUUCAUGCUUGGCGCCAAGGUGGCGGCGAGCCCGACGCUGGACACCCUCCAACUGGCAACGCGUCGGCGCCACAAGCUUCGACAUGACCCGUGCCUCUUCAUCGUGAGCCUCUUCAUCUCCAUCUCGAUGAUCAUUAUGGUGCGGUGACCCAUGCAACCGCAAUAUGAUCUUAUAUUCGAUACAAUCCUAUAUAUAUGUAGCCGCUGGAGGCGUACGUCUCCGAGAUGUUUCCGUGGACUGCCCCCGCGCCGUUCAACCCGCCAUUUGCGACGUUUGCAGAGUUCAACGUCUCGACGCUAGCUACCGCCCAAGCGCUCUACAAUCGAGAUACGCUGCCAAGGGGUGCUCCCUACGUCGCCAACCCAGAGCGCAACAGCUACGUGCUUCGACGUCUCGUCCGCCCUCUCAAUACCUCGUCUCUGAUGAACGACUCGAGAGGGUGCUAGACGGCUUUUCUCGUGGGACUGCCCGGCGUCGUUUUUUAUGGUCCCGCCAUGAACGAUAUUUUGUGCACAUUUGCAGCAUCGCGGGGCGAGUUGCUGUCGCCGACCCCUGGGACUUGCUUGACUGUGACGUUUCUCUCGCUUCCGAUCGCCAACGAGUGUCUAUGGCUCCAGCGUGGAAACGACUUGGCCAUGACGAAUCACAGUGGUGAUUUUACGUUGACGUUUGCGCUGACGCAGUACCCGUACCCGUGGUUGCUCUGGCUCAAAUUUGUCACCCGCGUUGUCUCUACAAGUGCCAUUUUGCACUGUCUUUGGUUCAAGUACUACCGCCAUUACUUUUCACAUGCUCGCUUUAUUCGCCAAAAUGGACAUCAGAACAACCUCAAGAAAAAAUAUGUGUGGCGCUACCACCUCAUUGCGGGCGACCCAACCGUGAUCCUCGUCACCACCCCGGUGGUUGUCGGUGGUUUCUUUAUGGAUUUGUGUCUCUCGCCCCAUGUAAUCGCUGCGUCUGUGCUCAAAUUACUGCAGAUCAACAACAUCACGACGCUCCUUAGCGCGGCGCUCUAUCUCUUUCGCAUGGUCUGGAUCGCAUAUAUGUCGCUCUGUGUCACCUCGUAUGGUCUCAAAAAGUACCGCAAAGAGCAUGUGUUUGCCGAAGUUGAUCCGACGCUCAUGACGGUCACGAUUGUGUUUUACGGGCCGUUCAUUUGGCUCCUCGGCGGGUUUGUCCCAUACUUUCUCGAGUGGUGCCAAUGGCUCUUGGUGUGCAUCGAGCCAGCGCCCGCGGAGCGCAUCGAAAUCGUCUUUGUUGGUAGCGUCUACAUUGUCCUCGUGGCCUGGCUCCCGCUCUCGUACGGCUUUGCCGCCGGGUAUCGCCGUUCUGGCAAGCCCCGGCACGACGCAUUGACCAAUUUUGCUGGCUACGCAAGCUUCAAGUACAACUCGCUCAAGAACCGAGCACUCUUCACCGUCGCUCAUCCGCUCCGCACCAGCGACGCCAAGUUGGGCACAUCGUAUGGCGGCCUCAUGUAUGCUCUGUUCGAUUGGAACCCGCGGUACAAGGCGGUGCCGACCAUGAACCUCCGCGGCGCCGACUGCUUCCUUCUCUGCUACUGCAACGACCACCUAGCGUCCAAGAUUCGACUAAGUCUUCUGCACGCGCUCGACUGCAAUAUCGACGACCCGCAACGGGCGAUUCGGACCAACCCAACGCCGUCGCAGUACCCGGCAAACACACUCGAGAUCACGCAGCUCGUGUCUGUACAAGGGUCGUUCGCGCUACUGCCGUCGCCAGCGCAAAUCGCGCUCUCUCGGCCACGCGAGCCAUCGCUUUGGUGCAUCUAAAAGUUUACUCGACAUAUAAUGAAUGCCCCAACAUGAGCACGA